AUGGCAAACAACCAACACAACAACAGCUCUAACAGCCCUAACAAUGCAAACAGCCCAGCUAAACCAAACAACCUAAAUAGUUCCCAGAGCUCCAACGAGAAUGACCGGGGAAGACUUAGGCUGUUCUAUUCCGAUUGGGCACCCUUCUUCAGGAAUGCGGCACUGGUUUCUAGAGGCCUCUCCAAUGAAACAGGCGUGCUGUGCUACAGGAACUGCAUUUUGACUACCUUACUACACCAGCCCCUGUUUGUCAAUUGGUUGAUGCUCCAUGUGCGGCAAAAAGGCCCAUGGCAUCCCCCUCGUGGGGGGUGUUUCGCCUGCUUCCUGGCACAACUAGUUGAUGAGUAUUGGUCUUCUAUCGCCUCGGACAGUCUAGAUCUUUUCCUCCCUCACUUCUGGGCCGGAUGUAGUCAAUUCUGGGAUACUAACUCCACAGACCAACAGGACUGUAUUGAAUUUCUGACCAGCUUCAUUUCAAAAAUCGACAGCUCCGCCCAUACGGGAGAUAUCCAGCAUAUUUUCCAAACUAUCUUCAGAUACCGGAGCACAUGCCAAACCUGUCAGCACACCAAGUACUCCGAAAGCGAUCACUCAUGGGUGCUAGGUGCUUCCCCACUGGAGCAGGAGCCGGGAUCAUUAGAAAACUGCAUUCAGGAGUACAUGAAGGCAGAAGAUAUUGCAGAUUACCAUUGUGGCAACUGUAAUAAUAAGUCAACCCUUCAUCGGGAAAUGUUUAUCAAGGAUGCACCUGAGGUCCUCAUUGUCCAAGUCACUAGAUUCAAGGUACCAGACAGCGGCGAGUCCUCAAAGGUCACAGCCGAGGUUCAAUUCACCGAAGACCUAGAUCUCACGGAUAGACUGACCCCACAGGCAAGGGAAUCAGGAGAAUCCCUCCGCUAUCAACUCACUUCGGUUAUCGUGCAUCGUGGUGCCACUAUCAAGGGAGGCCAUUAUAUGUCAUACGUCAAAACUCCAACAGGCACCUGGGCGUGUCUCAAUGACGAGUUUUCUUGUGAAGCCAAAAUUGACGCUAUCCUUGGGUUCCAGGAUGACAACAACGUUCCUUAUGUCCUGAUCUAUAACAGGCUCCCGCUCUUGACGGGAUCACAGGGGAGAAACAACAUCGGCCCUGACGCUACAGGGAAUUAUUUGAUCGCCGAAGGAGUAGAAUCCUCCCCACAAGCCGACGCGGAGAAGACGCCUUCGACAGAACAUGGGGUUCAAAUACGUAUUUCCCCGGGACAACCCCAGACUCAGCAGAGCGAAAAAUCUGCCUCGGAAGCGGGUGACGGCUUGACCAGCUUGUUCGAAGGCUCAAUUGGUUCAACUAAGGGCUCCCUCGGCAGCCCCAGUUCUAGUGUUCGCUGGGAGGGCCAGCCGGCAGAGGUCACUGUCCAAGUCACUAUGGGUGAUAUGAUCAUAACAGGGGCUGUUAAGGGUAUGCUAGAAAGGAGGCCAAAGCGCCGCGUCUCUAACAGCCCAGAAGCCAAACAAAAGCCAAAGGGUAUUGGCAAGUCGAGGCCUCCGGCGAAGAAAAACCGGAAGGGCGCUCGAGGUUACCCGUUGACUCUGCUUAUGGGCUAG